AUGAGCCUGGACAGGAACUUAAGGAAAGAACCUGUUUUCAAUGAUGAUCUGGCUGCCUGCAUUACAUGCGGCACUGUGGUGGUGAAGCCAGAUGUCAGAGAAUUUACAGAAAGCUCUGCAGUUUUUGAAGAUGGGUCAGUGAUGGAGAAUGUAGAUGUUGUCAUUUUUGCCACUGGCUAUAGCUAUGCCUAUCCAUUUAUUGAUGACUCACUUGUGAAAAACAGCAAUAAUAAAGUAUCACUCUACAAAGGAAUCUUCCCGCCAACACUUGAAAAGACAACCAUGGGUGUUAUUGGGCUGGUACAAUCUUUAGGAGGGAUCCCACCAACCUCUGAUGUUCAGGCUCGUUGGGCAAUCAGAGUUAUAACUGGAAAAUGCAGACUUCCUCCUAAAGAAAUAAUGAUAAAAGAACUUGAUGAAGAAGAAGGUGAAAAGAAGUGUUGGUUUGGUCGCAGUGAGACACUGUCCACAGACUAUGUAUCCUACAUGGAUGAACUCAGUUCUUUUAUUGGCUGCAAGCUCAACAUUACUCAUCUCUUCCUCACUGACCCAAAAUUGGCAUGGCAAGUGUUCUUUGGGCCAUGUAGUCCCUACCAGUUUCGUCUGACUGGUCCCGGCAAAUGGGAAGGUGCAAGAAAGGCUAUUUUAAAUCAGUGGAAUAGAACAAUCCAAGCCACUAGGAAACGUGUAGUGUCCUCACAUACACAGUCCUCUCCUGUCAUUUUAUUAUUGAAGCUAAUUUUGAUACCCCUUCUCUUUGCUGCAUUACUGGCAUGCUGCUACUUGUUUUAAGUUCACUAAAGGCCAAACUGAUAAAAAAAAAAGAACAACCUUCUUCUACACAUGCAAAAAAUAUAUAAUUUGAAUGCUUUCAAAACACAUUUUUUCUGAAGUUUAAUUGUCAUAAUGGGUUUGAUUCAAUAAAACACUUAGCAGUAAUGGAA